CUGUUCUGUCACAUCAACAGCCGUUUCCGCACUUGAUCCUUCUUUUUCUUCUUCCAAACUCUCACUUAGUAAAGCUUUGAAAUUGUGAUUUGCAGCUUCGUACUCAGAAGUUAGAACCCAUCCCUCGCAAUUCCAGCUACCUAUUAGGACACACAACUUUCUCAUAUCGCAGAGACAAAUUCAAAUCUGAACCAGGUCUUCGAUGGGUGUAGUGAGAGGAGUGAUAUUGGAUGAAUCGGUACUCUUAACUGAAGGUGGUGAGGAUAAAAAUGGAUUCAUACUACGGCCAGGAGCCGAGUCUCUCAUCCAAACACUCUCUCGGUCCAAAAUUCAUAUAGGAAUCUCGUAUGACGUGGACUCUCUAGAUGGCAAGGUGAGUGUUCUUCAAAGUAAUGCAAGUUUGAAAAAUUUUGAUUGUUUUAUCUUAAAUGAUCCUACGAAUGAGAUUAUGCCUGCAUGGAGCAUUAAUACUGAUGGCGGGAUUGUUUAUCUAGUUUCUAACAAGAAGGAGGUCUUACCUAAAUUAAGCAGUUAUAAAUGGCUUCUUGUUGUUUUGAACGAUGGAGAUGAAAGCUUGUAUUACACAACAGAUGCACUUCGGAUACAAAAUUUGGCAGAGUUUCCCUUGACUAUGUGCCAGUUGAAUAAAAGUUCAACUGGAACUAAUGCUGCAACUGUGGGGUAUAUAAUGAAGCCUUCUCGAGUUGUAGAUUUUGCAAACAGGGGUGCAUUUCCAUUAUGUCCUACUCAAAAUGGGUUGAUGUUUGUGCCUCUCACACCCAUGCUUCCUUUAUCAACUCAAUUGAAGAACGUUGAUAUAGUUCUCCACAAAGCCACAGAUGAGAUAUUAUCCGUUGAAGACAAUAAAAUUACUUUCACGGAAAACAUACAAGAACUGCAAAGAUAUUUGGAACUUCACCAGGAUCUUUGUGUGAUUGACCCACUGACGAACAUAUAUCCAUUAUUGGAUAGACUAGAAAUACAGCAAAUUCUACUUGGCUUAGAAGAACUAAAUAGGGAAGGAAGCCAUUUGAUUAGAGGGGCCCAUUUUCUUAAGAUAGAUAAUUUUGAAGAAUUUAAUUUCGAGACUGGGUUAGCUGAAGCUAGAUUGUCUCUUCCAUGUAUAGUGAAACCUAAGAUUGCUUGUGGUGUUGGUGAUGCACAUAAGAUGGCAAUUGUUUUCAGAGUUGAUGAUUUUAAGAAUGUUGAUGUUCCUCUUCCAGCUGUUAUCCAGGAAUAUGUGGAUCAUUCAUCUACUUUGUAUAAAUUUUAUGUUUUGGGUGAGAAAAUUUUUCAUGCUGUCGAGAAUUCUAUACCAAAUGCUGAUGUUUUGAAGAAAUCAUCCAAUGGCGAUGAACUCAAACCUCUAGAGUUUGACAGCUUAAAAUCUUUACCCACCGCCAGUGGUGACUGCAGCGCAACGAGCGGAGAGUCUAUCGAUGUUAAACUGGUUACAGAUGCUGCAAAUUGGCUUCAAAGAAGGCUUCAGCUUACCAUCUUUGGUUUUGAUGUUGUAAUUCAGGAAGGUACGCGAGAUCAUGUAAUUGUGGAUGUUAAUUAUCUCCCUUCAUUUAAGGAAGUAGGUGAUGAAAUCUCAAUACCUGCCUUCUGGGAAUCCAUUAGAGGUAAGUAUGACCUUAGGUUGUCUAAAUAA